CAGUCGGCGCUUUCGGUUUGUGACUUAAGUCACACAACGCAAACUUUUACUCGCGCGCGCGCUCGCGCACUUUUACAAUACCAGCCAGAAAGUUACAUACAUACGUACAAAAAGUGCCAAGUGAAAUAAAAACGCCACCAAAGUCGAAAUCUGCAUCUUACGUAAAGCUUAAUCAACUUAAGUUAAGUCAAAGGAAAAACACUCAGUGCUGGAAUGCUGGAUUAUUUAAUAAGUUCAAAAGUGAAAUUUUAAUACGUAUGUUUAAGGCAUGAGUUUAAUUAUUUAAUGACUUUUACUGUUCGUAUCAGUUUUCGCAUUUGUUUUGGAUUAUUACACUGAUUAUUAUGGUCAUGAAAGGAUUUAAAAGCAACAAAAUGAGUUGAAUAAAAAGAUCUAUAUGCUAUGGGCUUGGAUGACCGACCACAUCGUCAACCAUCGUCCGCGCAUUUGCACCCCUCGACACACCACCAGCACCCGCACCCCUUACCACCAUCAACAGCGGCAAAAACAAAACCGCCAAACCACAAAAAAGAGUCCAAAUACCACACAGCCGACUACAAGAAACCUCCGAAGUCAUCGCAGGUCCACGACACCAAAUACGCCACCGCACCUGCAAACCUCGACAAACCCUCCAGCAAUCUCGACAAGAAAAUCCUGGUAUCCCUCAUCAGCCAAUCGGAAUAUAUGAAGAGACAUUUGUACAUCAAAACAGGCGUGGACCACGAACGGUCAGUGCUGCGGUACCAGCUCAAGAAGGUCUCGAUCCGCAACUAUACCCCAAAGGCAAUCAAUCAGGACAUCAAUAUGGGCAUGUGGAUUUAAUUACAGUUUUAGGUCCUUCAAGUGCCAUUUAAUUUAUUGCCAUAUUUAGAAAAACCACUAGGGUCUCAAAAAUGGCAUUGCUCUUCAACCCACUGACGCAGUUCGCGCAUGUCGCCAUCGCCACCCCAAUGACCAUAAUCGGGCUGGUGCCUAUUUUCGCUGCGGGGUUGACCUUCCUCAGAUAUAUAAACUAUGACCCUGAAGCACAUCCCAAGGACGCACCACGAAUAUACCAACAAUAUGACUUCAUAGUGAUAGGGGCCGGGUCAGCAGGAGCUGUAGUAGCAAACCGCUUAUCCGAAAUCCCCGAAUGGAAUGUUCUACUAUUAGAAGCAGGAGGUGACGAAAACGAAAUAUCAGACAUACCAUUACUCUCCGGGUAUACCCAGAUGUCAGAAUUAGACUGGAUGUAUCAAACCUCACCACCUACAGACUCACCCUAUUGCCUAGCCAUGAUCGGAGACAGAUGCAACUGGCCCAGGGGUAAAGUCCUCGGUGGGUCCUCAGUACUCAACGCCAUGUUAUACGUAAGAGGCAAUAAAAAGGACUAUGACCAUUGGGCUGAGCUUGGUAAUGAAGGUUGGGAAUGGCCCAAUGUCCUCCCAUACUUUCUAAAAUCCGAAGACAAUAGAAACCCCUACUUGGUAAAAACACCUUACCAUCAAACAGGUGGAUACCUCACUGUACAAGAAUCCCCGUGGCGUUCACCUCUAUCAAUCGCCUUCCUCCAAGCAGGUCAAGAAAUGGGUUACCCGGUACGGGACAUAAACGGUGAACACCAAGCUGGAUUCAUGCUCGCCCAAGGUACAAUCCGAAGAGGUUCCAGGUGUUCCACAGCAAAAGCCUUCCUACGACCUGUUCGCAACCGAAAAAACCUUCAUAUAGCAAUGCGGGCACAGGUUACCAAAAUCCUCAUAGACCCAAAAACAAAAAUCGCCUACGGAGUGAAAUUCGUCAAAAACAACAAACCCCAAGUGGUCCUAGCCAGAAAAGAAGUCAUCCUAAGCGCAGGAGCAAUCGGCUCCCCACAAAUCCUAAUGUUAUCAGGGGUAGGACCACAGGAACACCUUCAAAGCUUCAAAAUACGCACACUAAGUGACCUCAAAGUGGGCCAUAACCUCCAAGACCAUGUAGGGUUAGGAGGUAUGACCUUCAUCAUAGAUGACCCUAUAACCCUUCAAAAAGAAAGGUUCCAGAGCAUGGCGACCGCAAUGGAGUACAUCCUACAUGAAAGAGGACCUCUGACGGCUUUAGGUGUAGAAAACCUAGCAUUCCUCAACACAGAAUACAACACAGACCCUGACUGGCCCGAUAUGCAGUUCCACUUUGCCGCUUCCAGCGUCAACUCAGAUGGGGACCAUAUCAAAAAAAUCUCAGGUCUAAGGGAUUCAGUCUACAACACAGUUUACAAACCAAUAAGACAUGCAGAGACCUGGACCAUUCUUCCUUUGUUACUAAGACCCAAAAGUACCGGAUGGAUCAAACUGAGGUCCACAAACCCUAAUACCUACCCAGAUAUAAACCCAAAUUAUUUCACGCAUAAAGAAGAUGUCCUCACAUUGAUCGCAGGAAUAAGACUAGCGUUAAAUGUGUCGGAUACCAAAGCUUUCCGGAGGUUCAACUCAAGACCUCAUAAAAUGCCCUUUCCUGGUUGUAGACAAUAUCCAUUUGAUACGGAUGAAUAUUGGGAGUGUUCUCUAAGACAUUUCACAUUUACGAUUUAUCAUCCGACAUCAACGUGUAAAAUGGGCCCGGAAUCUGAUCCGGAUGCAGUGGUCAAUCCAAGACUUAAGGUUUAUGGGAUCAAAGGUCUCAGGGUGAUUGAUGCGUCCAUUAUGCCCAAAAUAGUUAGUGGUAAUACCAAUGCACCGACGAUUAUGAUCGGAGAAAAAGGUGCGGAUAUCAUAAAAGAAGAUUGGAAGCGGAAAAAGAGAAGAUCUUGAUGAUAGUUUAGUUAAUACCAGGAUAAUACUUAAAAAUUUACAAAUUCAAUAACUAGUCAAUGCUUAAGUUAACUUAAGUUAAGUAAAUAAUAAUGUUUAGUUGAUUUUUUAAAUUUUGAACAAAUACUCUGAUUUUAAAGUGUGUUAAACUAAUAAUACUCAAAAUUGAAAUUAAUUCGUAGGUUAAGUCUUAGUUUAUUGUGUAUGAGUUGACUUAAGUCUUCUAAGUUAUAUGACUUACUUUUGUAUAAUAUUUCAGUCCGGCCCUGAUAAUGCCGAGUGUAAUUACUCGUGAUUAGUAAUUUUAUUAUCGCUAUUUUAAUGUAUUGUACAUAAAUAAAACUUUAGUAAUCUUGAA